AUGUCUACAAAGUGUGUAAAAUGCAUAGUCGUAAAAACAAAAGACGGCGUAAACCAAACCGUUAAAUGUUAUUAUUGUGAAUAUUUAUUUCACGCUAAAUGUGUUAAUAUUGAUGAAGAAAUAGUGUCGAUACUGAACAGUGAAAAUAGCAUUAAAUGGUUUUGUGAAAAAUGUCUGAAAGCCCAAGAUAAUAUAAAGGAAUUGGUAAAGUCGGUUGUAAACAAUUUUCAUGAGAAAAUUGAAGAAAUAAACAUUGCGGUUCAGACUCAGUUAGAAACAAUUAAAACCAUGAUCACUAAAAAUGAUGAUAAUUUGACUGUGUUGGAAAAACAGGAUAUAAAAAUGGUCGAUGAGAUUUGCAACCUCAAAAGUGACUUGAAAGCUUCAUGGGCGAACAUCGUUGAGAAAAACAUUACGAAAAAUGUAGAGAUUAUAAAUAAUCAGGUCAAAAACGUCCAAAAGACCUUGAACGAAGCCAGUGAAAUAAAAGAAAGAGAAAGGAAUCUAGUGAUUUUCAACUUGCCAGAGAAAGAAAAUCAAAACGAUCGUGAACUUGUGAUGAAGAUAUUCAAGCACAUUUAA